CUCCAGUCCAGAUGUUGGCCCUGCCUCAUCAGAAGUUGACUGAGACUGGGGUUCCAUACCCGGACACGGAUUCGGUUGGAGAGCUGUCUACAGGGCCAGAUCAGUUUGCUGUUCCACAUCAGGAUCUGAAUAACAAGCAAACCCAACAUCAAAAGCUCCCAGAGGCAGUUCCAGUGCUAGACUGGGAUCAAAGUCAGCCCUUGGUUCUCCUUUCUCUACACAAAAGUAAGACUAAACAGAUAGGUCUAGACGAGGCUGAAGGUCACCAGUCAUUUGAAAUACUUGUUCCACCUUUAGGUGCCAUGUUUAAACUCUACAUCUUUCAAAAGAAAUUGGAAGCUGCCCAACCAGAGAAAGACAGCCUAGCAAAGAUUGAGAGUACAGAGAAAAAGCUGCUGAGAGUGAACAGGGUCCUCAGGGGCCCAAGGGGCAUACAGAAAAUGCACCUCAAAGCAGUGGGAGAUGAGAGCGUCAGGAGGAAACGGAAUGCCCAGCAAUCUGUGGCGAACACUGCCGAAGAAAGAAGGCUCAGGAGGCCAUCCCCAAGAAAGCUGAAACAGCUUCUCAUGGUGCAGAGGCCCAGGAAGCUGGUGGGAAAGUCGUCCAAUGCAGAGUCUUCAUUCAUAAAGGAACCCAAGGCAGCAGGCUCCUCUUCCCUGAAACAGUACUUCAAGGGCAGGCCUUUUGCCUCCAUCCGUCCAAAAUCCCCAUCUGAGGUUAAAAGUGAUCAAGUUGAAACUCAGCUAAACCAGCAGCUCUGGUCCCUCAUCCCCAAUAAUGACAUGCGAAGGCUCAUUUCUCAUGUUAUCCAGACUUUGAAAAUGGACUGCUCAGAGGCCCACGUGCAGCUGGCCUGUGCCAACCUCAUGUCUCAAACAGGCCUCCUGAUGAAACUUCUCAGCAAGCAGCAAGAAGUAAAUGUUUCGAAAGCGGAAUGGCAUACGGACCAGUGGAAAACUGACAACUAUAUCAGUGAGCGCACAGAAACCCAGAGUGAGCAGAAAGAGCAGGAGUCAAGUGAGCUCACAAAAGAAGUUCCAGGAUAUGGCUAUAACAACAAACUCAUCUUGGCAAUAUCUGUAACUGUAGUAGUGACGAUUUUGGUUACAAUUCUGUGUCUCAUUGAGCAGAAGGCCCAAACUCGUCAUCCAGAGCUCACUGAAGAGGUUGAACCACCUCCACUUCAGCAGGAGCCUCCACCUCAGCCUUCAGAGGCCCCUGAGGAACUAGAAACUCCAAGUCCUCAAGAGACCCUCACCUGGCCUUUGGAGACACUUAAGGAGCUUGUAGUUCGACCAGUAGCACAUCAUGGGUCCUUCUCCAGUCCAGCAGGAGACCCCAUCUCAGCGUCCAGCAGGCCCUCAGGAGGUGAACCUUCUCUACUCUAUCAAGACGCCCCAACUCAGGCUCCAGGUCUCCCUACUGAGCAUGUACAUGAAAUUCCAGUGAAUGAAGAGGUAGCAUCUCUACCUGGCGUUCAGCGUCACGCUCAUUCCAACUUGCCCAGUGUUACACUUCAACCUCUGGAUUUGGAAUUAACCAUCACUCCAGAGCCCACUACGGAAGCUGAAUUUCCUACAGCUCAGCAGGAGGCCCUGACUCCACCUCUUCAGCAUCCUGAGGGAACAGAAUCUUCUCCAACCCAACAAGAGACCUCAGCUAUGCCUCCAGAGCCUCCUGGAGAGGUUGAGCCUUCAAGGGAGCAGGAGCAACCAGCUCAGCCUUCUGAGCCUCCGGGGGAAGUGGAACCUUCUCCGACUCAACAGGAACAGCCAGCUCAACCUCCAGAGCAUCAUGAAAUGACAGUUUCACCUCCAAGUCACCCUCAUGCUCAGCAUUCAGACUUAUCCAGUGUCAUUGUCAAACAUGCAGAUGUGGAGCUUACCAUAACGAAAGAACCCACUCCAGAGGUGGGACCUUCUCCAAAUCAGCACAAGCCUUCAGCUCAGUCUCAGUGCCCCUUACUAAUGCAGAAUUUUCUACGGUGCAACAUGAGGCCCCCACACUGCCUUCACAGCCACCUGAGGAGGUUGAACUUUUGCCAGUUCAACAGGAGGCUCCAGCCGCACUCCAGAAGACAGAAGCCACAGCUCAGCAUCCAGAGUCUCAUGGGUCAAGCUCAGCUUCUGCAGCGGCCCGAUGUCACUGUUAAACCUGUGGAUCUUGCACUUACCGUAACUCCAGCGUUCACUAAUGAGGUUGAAACUUCUCCACCCCAACAAGAAACCUCGGCUCAGUCUACAGUCUCCCCUCAGCAGUUGGAACCUUUGUCAGUCCAGCAAGAGUUUUCAGAUCAGCAUCCAACCCCCUCUGAGAAUAUUGAACCUUCUCCAGUUCAGCAGGGAGCCCCAACUCAACCUGAAGAGCUUCCUCAGGAAACUGACCCUUCUCCAAGCCAGCAGGAGAGCUCAGCUCAGCAUCCAAAGCCCACUGAGUGGGUUGGACCUUCUCCAGUGCAGCAUCAGCACCCAAUUCAGCCUCCAGGGGCCUCUACAGAUGGUACAGCUCAACCUUCACCCGAGGUGACAUUUCCAAAUGCAGAGCAAGUUCAGGCUCAGCAUCCAACCUUGACAGAGGUCACAAUUCAACCUUUGAACCUUGAACUGACCAUAAGGCCACAACCCACUAAGGAGGAUGAACCUUCUCCAACCAUGCAGGAUAACUUAACACAGCCUCCAGAACCACCUAAGGAGGUUUUUGUAGCUCAGCUUCCAGUAUAUCAGAACCCAAUAGUUCCAACACCAGAACAGGAUCACACUGAGCGUCCAGCAUCACCCAGUGUCACAGUUCAACCUUUAGACCAGGGGCUUACCACAACUCCAGAACCUACUGUGGAGGGUGAACAUUCCACACCCUUGCAGGAGACUAUAGAUCCUCCAACAUACCACGAGGUGACACUUCCAAAUCCAGAGCAAGUUCAGGCUCAGCAUCCAACCUUAACUGAGGUCACAGUUCAACCUUUGGACCUGGAACUUACGUUAACUCUGGAAUCCAGUUUAGAGGUUGAACCUUCUCCAACCGUGCAGCAGACCCAAGCUCAGCCUCCAGAGCUCGUUAAGGAAGUUGUAGCUCAGUCUCCAUUGUACUCCAAAGUGACUUUUCCAGCACCAGAUCAGGAUCAUGCUGAGCAUCCAGUAUCACCCAGUAUCACAAUUAAACCUUUGGACCUGGAGCUUAGCAGAACUCCAGCACCUACUACGGAGUCUGAACAUUCUGCAGCCCGGCAGCAGACUACAGCUCCCCCUCCAAAACACCCUGAGAUGACACUUGCACAGCCAAACCUGACUCAACUCACAAUUCAACCUAUGGAUGUGCAACUUACCAUUACUGCAGGAUGCAAUAUGGAGACUGUACCUUAUCCAAUCAUGCAGGACACCCCAACACAGCCUCCAGAGGCACCUCAGGACGUUGUAUUUCAAUCUCCAUUCCAGCAGGAGGUGACAGUUCCAAAUCCAAGUAAGGAUCAAGGUCAGCAUUCAACAUCAUCCAGCGUCAGAGUUCAUUAUGUGGACCUAGAGCAAACCACCACUCCAGAAUCCACUAUGGAGGCUGGACAUUGUACAUCCCUACAGCAGACUACAGCUUCCCCUCCAAAACACCCUGAGGUGACACUUGCACAACCAAACCUGACUCAAGUCACAGUUCUACCUGUGGGCCUGGGAGUUAACAUAUCUCAGCAACCAAUGCCAUCUGAGACAGUUCUUUUUCCUUCGACUCAGUAUUCAGUAUCCACAGGCCUUCCUGGUGUAAAAUAUACCCCAGAAAAGAAGCAGCCGGAACAGAAUGCCACCACAAACUUCAGCAUAUGUGAGCUGUGUACCUGCACAAAUGCGAUGCUGUCGUGUGUUGGUCUUAGCCCAAAGCAGAAGCUCCACAGAGUGCCUGAGCCAGAGCCUAACACCUACAAUGGCACCUUCACCAACAGAGAUUUUUCCUGCAAUAAAAUACCAUCUGUCGAAAAAAUUACAUUAGAACUACUACCUGUUUUGCAGUUUAUAAAUCUUGGUUGCAAUUUACUCACAGAACUGAGCUUUGGAAAGUUUCAGGCCUGGCAUGGAAUGCAGGUAUUAUACAAGUUAAUUCUCAAUCGUAAUCUUUUGACAGCAGUUGAAGAUUCUUAUCUUUUUACAUUGCCAGCAUUAAAAUAUUUAGACAUGGGAACAACACAAGUCACAGCAAUUGAAAGCAUCCUCAUGAUGACCCUUGAAUUGGAAAAACUUGUACUAAGAUCUUACGUCGCCUGCUGCCUCUGCCAAUUUAAAAAUAUUAUUGAGGUUGUCUGUAAGACAUUCAAGCUACGUGGUGACAGUGAAUGCCUGACAGACGUAACACGUUGUGGACAGGUGUAA